ACCCCUACGUCCACCCCUACCUCCACCCCUACGUCCACCCCUACCUCCACCCCAACCUCCACCCCUACCUCCACCCCAACCUCCACCCCGAGCAGAGAACUAGUCCAGCCCAGGUUAAAAGCCUUGACAAAACAACCACCCACCUCCACCCCUACGUCCACCCCUACCUCCACCCCUACGUCCACCCCAACCUCCACCCCGAGCAGAGAUCUAGUCCAGCCCAGGAAAAAAGCCUCCACGAAGAAAGAAAAGGGCAUCCUGAAGGGUACAGGAGGUAAGAAGACACAGCAAGAAGCCAACACACAAACAGAGUCUGGCUAUGUUACCGUCAAAGAAUCAGAAGUUAUUCAGCUGGAUGUUUACUUGCAGGAGGCUCUAUGGAGAGAGGAGGGCCUGAAGAAGAAGUUGGCUGUUCUCCAGAAGCGUGGCUCCACCCUGCUGCGAUACUCUGACAACCUAUGGGCUACAAGCUGCAACGAAGACCUCCUAAAGAACAAGAUCAGAGCAUUGGAAACACAGCUGCAAGUCUGUCUGCAGAAACAGAAACUCCCCUUGGAUGGAGUGAAGAAGCUCGUGCUACAGAUGGAGAACCAGAAGGGAGCGUAUGAGGAGAAAGCCUUGGAGGUCAUCCAGAGGGCUACAGAGGAGAAAAGGGAAGCUCUCAGUCAGGCCGAGACACUUGAGAUGUUGCUGCAGGCAGCCAGGGUGGAAGCGGCGCAGUGGCAGGGUCUGUGUGAGGAAAUGAAGGAGAGCUCAGAACAGCUGAAGAAGAAACAGGAGAUCAGCUCUGAACAGGUUCUUCAACUGCAGAACCAACUGGAGCUGGCCAGGGGUCAGGAGGCGGGGCUGAGGGAGGAGCUGGGGGCAGUACAGCGAGUGGAGGAGGAGUUACAGUUCAACAUUGUUCUGCUGGAAGAACAGAACCAGAACCUGAGGGACCAGAUCCAUGAGAUGAGAGAUGCCAGAGCUGACACUCAGGAGGUGUCCCUGGAUGAAUCCUUGGCCCAGUUGGAUGUGUCGCUGGAGCAGUCGGAGGAGGAGGAGACCCUGGCCCAGCUGGAGCGGACCCUGGCCCAGUUGGAUGUGUCUCUGGAGCAGUCGGAGGAGGAGGAGGAGGAGGAGGAGACCCUGGCCCAGCUGGAGUGGACCCUGGCCCAGUUGGAUGUGUCUCUGGAGCAGUCGGAGGAGGAGACCCUGGCCCAGCUGGAUGUGUCUCUGGAGCAGGAGGAGGAGGAGGAGACCCUGGCCAAGCUGGAGCGGACCCUGGCCCAGUUGGAUGUGUCUCUGGAGCAGGAGGAGGAGGAGGAGCUGAUUGUAUCGUCACAGCAGAAACAGCUAUCAUGGGGAGAUGGAGAUCAGGUUCUGGAGCAGCUCCGUCACGCUCUAGACCGAUUACAGCUGAAGGAGAGGGAGUGUGAGGAGCUGCAGAACGAUCUGGAAGCCGUGGAGGCAGAGUGCCAGUCGUGCCAGGUCCGUCUGACGCAGUGCAGGGACGAACUCCGACAGCGCAGCCACCGACGCAGCAGCAGGGUGUGCAGCAAGCCCUGUGUCUCGUGGAUAUGGCUCUGUGUUCUACUACCACUGCUCCUGUCCAUGGUGGCGGUGGCCAUCUUGUGGGCGUGGCAUCCUCCCUUCAAGGACCAAGUCCAGGACCUGUACUCAGCUGUAGAGGAACACAUAGAGGACUAUCUAAUGCAGGCCGCCUCUCCACAACACGUUGGCUGCUUCAGGCCUGUCUGACCACAGCACUAGCCUGAGUCCCACAUCGGUUUGGGCUCUCUUGCCAACUCUAAGACAUUGGACUUGACAAGACAGUACAAAGAGAUCUGGGACUCAGGCUACCACAGCACAGCUCAGGUUUAGGAUUUAUAGUUUGAGUUUGUUUUGUAUAUUAGGAAUUUUUGUUAAGGUAUGAUUAAUUUAUUUAUUAACAAACAAAAUCGAGCAAAAACAAUCCAAAUGAUAAAAGACAACACAAUCUAUUCAUUUAAUUUAUAUUUAUAACUCAGAACCUUUGUGUGCCUUUAUAGAUGAAUUGAGAAUGACAACUAAGAAUUAGUUGCUUUUGAUUUCAACUUUGAAGUAGUCUCUCUGCAGAUAUAGUUUGAUUGACUUUAACAUGAAUGUUUACAAUGUUACACAUGACACAAACUUUGGGAUACAAAUAACAAUUUACUGCCUAUCAGUGGAGGCUGCUGAGAGGAGGUAAAGGCUGGAAUGGAGUCAAUGGAAUGGAAUCAACCCACAUGGAAACCACAUGUUUGAUUCCAUUCCAUUGACUCCAUUCCAGCCUUUACUAUGAACCGUCCUCCUCUCAGCAGCCUCCACUGCUGCAUAAGCAUCAUUAUGUAAAGAUUGUUCAAUAUCUGUGUUUGAAAUGAUUAUAUUUGACUAAUGCACCUCAUAUUUUAGUUGGACACAAAAAAUCGUGCAGAUCAUGAAAAUCGUUAGAUAAGUAUCACAAUACGUAUUCUGUUUUGUGUCAAUUUGUUUGAGAAACAGAGACCGGGAUUCAAUCUGAUCAGCUGUAGAUCAGCGUUGUAGCGCGUUUGACAUUUACAGGUAACUUCCGAGGUGACAUAUGCAGAGUUUACCGUGAAUGCAGUCUCCGUGAGUGUGGAAACAUUGCCUUUAAAAGGUGCAAGGCACGAUCGGAUCUGAACUCGGCCAUAAUGUUAAUGAUUGUGUUUACAUUAUUGUCACAAGUGCUGUCCAUUUUUGUGGAGUUUGUCGAAAUCGACUGUAAUAAAAUGACUGUGGAAGGUCCAAUGACUGUCCUGGAGGGGUGACUGUCCUGGAGGGGUGACUGUCCUGAAGGAGUGACUGUCCUAGAGGAGUGACUGUCCUGGAGAGGUGACUGUCCUGGAGGAGUGACUGUCCUGGAGGGGUGACUGUCCUGGAGGGGUGACUGUCCUGGAGGAGUGACUGUCCUGGAGGGGUGACUGUCCUAGAGGAGGGACUGUCCUGGAGGGGUGACUGUCCUGGAGGGGGGACUGUCCUGGAGGGGGGACUGUCCUGGAGGAGGGACUGUCCUGGAGGGGUGACUAUCCUGGAGGAGUGACUGUCCUGGAGGAGUGACUGUCCUGGAGCAGUGACUGACCUGGAGGGGUGACUGUCCUAGAGCAGUGACUGACCUGGAGGGGUGACUGCUUGUUCAGGUUCAUAUUCUGCUGUAUAUUUGUCAAAUUAUCAUUGAGUAUGUGGGCCUGUAAAUUGCUAAAGCUGUGUCAACACGCCUGAUCCCAUUUGAUGACCUGCAGCAGGCUAUGUUUAAAGAUAAAGGAUUUAUGAAACAAUGACA